UUUGCGUUUCGUUUGUGCUGGCUAGUGUCGCUGAAGACAUGGUUGGACGUCUGGACAUUUGAUCUUGGAGAUUGGUCGGCACUCAAGGGUAGGGGUGAAUGGAAGAAUGACCAGAAGUCUCAGAAGAUUCGUGGGAUCAUCCAGCUCUGCGACCAGAAAGGGGUGGUUCCUUGCAUGAAGGUUGCGAUGGGGCAUCCCUUGAAGCUUGUGGUUCUCGAGCAAACCACAAGUCUUCAUGCAACCUUUGUUGUUAUCGACAGGCAUCUGAAAAAGAACAAAGCAUUCUAUGCCGACAGACUGCCAAGCAAUGCAGUUAUAAUGAACAGUGAUGGAGGUGUUGACAUGCUGAAAAUCCGAUCUACCGAUCUCUCAUGUUCAACUCCAGAACAAUCCCCAGCAACUUUAAAUAUUCCACUGCCUCCUCAGAUUAUGAUCUCCGAAGAGCUUUCUGUGCUUCUCAGGUCCAGAAUCCAUCAACAAGCUGCAGAUAAUGAUCAUAAAAAAGACAACUAAUUAAGGAAAAUGAACGCACGUACGGGUGUUGAAUGUUCUCCCAGAUUUCGAGUGCAUAUAAAGGCAUAUAGCCUAAGAAUCUCUGUUUUUCUUUCUUUCCUUUUCCUUUGGAGCUAACGAGGGGAUGCAAAAUACUUUACGAAAUAACAUGCAUAGAAGUUCUUGUGGUCUUAUGAUCUUGUACAAAAAUAUAAGAGAUUUUCUUCUCAAAUUUACAUAUGUUUACUCACAA